AUGGACAAAGAAGAAAAGUCAGCAUCGACGACCACGUCGAAUGAGCCUCCAGGACACGACAUCUUCUGCACUCCCGAAAACAGCGAGUUUCUCUCCAAGGUACACUACAAAGAUCUCAACGAGGGUGACAGAGAGAUCCGCCUUCUCAAGAUUCUGCCAAAUUCGGAAUCAGGCUUUAUCGAAUGUGAACUACUACCUAGCGUGAAACUCGCUGAUGUGCAUAAGCAAUAUCUUGCAUUAUCUUACUGCGCAGGCGAUGCACGCAAUACGAAACCCAUAAUCGUCAAUGGGGCAAGAUGCAAUGUUUUUGCCAACCUGCACCACGCCUUGAAGACAGUUCGCCACUAUUGGAAGACGCAUACGUAUCAUCGGGAUCUCUUGCUUUGGGUGGAUCAGAUAUGUAUCAACCAGGCUAAUCUGGCAGAGAGAUCUCAUCAAGUUGGAUUCAUGAGAGCUAUCUAUGAGAGUGCGAGUGAGACUCUUAUCUGUUUAUCUGUUGCUGAGACGCGAGGAGAUGGGAUGCGCUGGCUUGUCCAACUGGAACGAUUCAUUGGAGAAGAUUUGUUUCUCGACGCCAUGUUUCCCCCAGAAUACCAGCGACGCUCCCGGGGCCCCGAGGCAAACUUUUCGUUUCAACUGAAGAUGCGGCAAUGCAUGAGCCUGCCUGAGUUUGUAGACGGUUGGAUCGAGUUCUGCAAAGUCCUGAGCAGUCCAUGGUGGGGAAGAGCAUGGGUCUUUCAAGAGUUCAUGGUGUCUUCCAGAGCGACGUUCCUAUAUGGAUUGCACUCUGUGGGUUACCCAGAUAUGCUGAGACUGAUUUGCGAUCUCUGCUUAGCGACGCUGGAGAUACUCUUGGAACCAAACAAAUACCGUGGGACAUAUGUCAAGAAAAGGCUCAAGCGUGCGCAGGCUACGCGAGCCCAGAUUUCUCACUCAAUUUCCAAGGUCCUUAGUGUCUUUCUCGCGAAAAAAGAAUGGUAUCGAAACUUUGACCUAAAAAGGCUUUUGGUAUACACGCAAAACAGCCAUUCUUCUGAUGAACGGGAUCGCAUCUACUCUAUGAUCGGGCUCGCGCAUGCUGGCUAUGCAAUAGUACCGGACUAUUCAUCCAAAAACGGCAUUGAAACGCUUCUGGUGGAAACAAUGAAGCGUAUCAUAACAUUCGAGGAUAGCCUGGACGUCCUAUCAUACCUAAGCCGCGGCGAUCCCUCGUCUUCUGGCCAGGGAGAGUUGCUACCUUCAUGGGUCGUUGACUGGACCAAAGUUAACAAUCCUCUUGAGCCUAUGCUGUACACGACAAAUAACGACUGGAAUGGUAGCAAGUUCGUUGCCCACUAUAUCAAAGUAGGGUACGCUGAUGCGUCAUUCAUCCAGGUACCACAUCCAGUACACUCUGAAUUGGAGACUACUGCGUUACAAGUGUGGGCUGUAUUUCUAGAUUCGGGAUUUGACAUCGGCCAUCAAAAGAUCUUUGCUGGUAAGAAUAACUUUUUGUUCGGGGCUAGAUUUCCAGUACAACAAGAUGAUGAACUUUGGGUCCUCUGCGGCUCAUCCGAGCCCUUUCUAUUAAGAAGAUAUUCGGGAGGAUACAGGAUUGUUGGACCAGUACUUUGCUAUAAUCUGACAACACAACCUCUUAUGCCGCCGACGUCCGGAGAUUUGAGCAAGUACACUGACGAGUCGGGAGACCUUGACCCUUCCAAGAUGGAAAGGAAACGGAUCACAAUCUUUUAG